AUUGAAGCUAAAAAUAAGGUUUCCAUUUCAGAAGUUAUUAAAGGCGUGAUUGUGCAACAAAUUUUACAGACUAUACUAGGUUUUAUAGUAGUAGCUGCUGAAGAAGAGCAAGCGUUACCUGAUGAUAACGCAGAGAUUCUGGCUCUUGGUCAAACUUUGGAAACUUUUACAACAAAAGUUGCUCUUUACAAUCAUCCAAUUGAAGGUUUCUUGUUUGAUUCUCUCGGCGCUGCUCUUGCGUUUACAUUAUCAGGAUUAUCAGUUAAAGGCGCAAUCGUUUUUUUCACAUUUUCCACUUUCAAGACUGUUGAUGAUCAUUCUGGUUAUGAUAUACCAUUUAAUCCUAUACAAAGAAUAUUUGGGAAUAAUGCUACUUAUCAUGAUGUUCAUCAUCAAACAUUUGGAUUAAAGAAAAACUUUUCUCAACCAUUUUUUACCUUCUGGGAUCGCGUUCUUGGAACUUAUUUACCUCAUAAUGAAGUACCAAAACAUUUGGCAGAGAAAAAAUUCUCAUCUAGAGGUAUUACUGAUGAUGAUGGUUCCCAAGUCUUAAAAAAGUCUGAAACUACGGAAUCCAAAACCGCGUCUAAAAGAUACAAUUUGAGAUCGAGAAAAAAUCUUUCUUGA